AUGGCACAAGUCAAGAAACCUCACCUCAAAGACAAGAAGGCAAAAGAGAAGACAGAUGCAAGGGAUCAGUCAGAUGAUGACGUGGAGAUCUUAAACAAAGCUCAUGAAGAUCAGCAAGCAAAUGAUGAGAAGAUGAAGGACAAACCCGAUGUCGAGAUGGACUCGCAUAAGACAAUCAAUCCGCGCAGAAUAUGGAGCAAAAGAUCUACAACCUCAUCGAAAUCCUUGUAUGAGAUUGCUUCUACACCUCAGCGCGUAACAAAGGAGACGGACACUACCACAGAAGCCAUAGAGAAGAAGAGUAAGAGAGAGGUUGACAAGGAGACGCGUGAGCUCAUACAGCAAAUGAAGGACCUCAGCUUGCAGAUGAAGCACGAGUUAGACCAAUGGCGAGCUGCGGGAGCAACAUCAACUGAACAGGUACAAGGACAGCAGAACAAUAUGCAAGCUCAGCUUGACAGGUUGACAGAGAUUGCAAACAGACACGAUGAAGAGAUUGACGACCUCAGGGGCCUCUCAGACUUCACACAUGAGAUCGUUUUCGAGCGUGAGGCCAAGUACACCACCCUCAAGAUGAUAAUCAAAUCGUGGCCGCAGAAUGCAACAUAUUACGACAGAGUCAGAGUUACUGAUUGGCUGUUACAGCAAGCUCAUGUACAACAGCAGACCAAGCAGGAGCAUGGGUAUUAUACUUCUGGACGCAAGUUUGUUCUUUCGCCAGUUACCAUUCUGACCUUUGAAGACCAGGAUACGCAUCAUAUGUUUGAGAAGUUUGCCUACACGAGCUUUUCUGCGAAGAAACCACUCUAUUACUGGGAUUCGUAUGGUAAUUACAUGCAGCACUGGAAAGGUGGAUGGCAUAAGCUGGUCAUCACCAACUAUAUGGGGAAAAUCGACCAGACGAUAAACCUCGCACUCAUCACGGUCUUGCACAUCUUGACUUCCAGUGAGCAGACAGGCUAUGCGGGAAAGGACCAGCUCUCGCACAGACCAUCGGACAAGCAGAUCUUUGACCUGAACACCAAAUCAGCAGUGGCCAAAGCAACCUAUGAUAAAGACCAAGGUGUACCUGCAAUCGUUCUCCAGAAGAGCUUCGUUGAAGUCGUACGAACAAACUGGCAUGAAGCGUGGCGA